AUGGCAGAAGAACAACAACAACAACAACAACAACAAGAAAACUUAUCAACUGAACAAUUAAGAUCGAUUGGUGGUAGUACAUUCGUAGAUAAAUUUGAAGAUAUUUAUGAUCUUGAUAAAUUAAUUAAUCAUGGAGAAUUUGCUGAUGUAUAUAAAUGUCGAUUAAAAAAUCGACAGACAAUGAGAGCUGUUAAAUGUAUUCCAAAACGCGGUAAUAGAAAAACUCCACUUAAAAAUGCUUCACAUGUUACACAACUUGAUCAUCCAAAUUUGGUUGUUCUUCGAGAAAUUGUUGAAACACCAUCACAAAUUUAUAUUGUUCAAGAUUAUAUCGAUGGACCGAAUCUUUUUCAAAAAAUUGGCCAAACGGAAGUUUAUACAGAACACGACAUAUCGAAAUAUUGUUCACAAAUAUUAAAAGGACUUGAAUAUAUGCAUGAACAUCAAGUUUAUCAUGGAAAACUUCAUGGUGAAAAUAUUGUCAUUCGUAAUGUUGAAAAUGAAUCUAAAUUAUGUCUUGUUGAUUAUGCUUAUUCAAAUUUAUGUACACGUGAUGCAAUUACUCUACUUGUAAAUGCUUCACCAAGUUUUUGUGCACCUGAACUUCUACGUGGUGAUCCAUUUUCUGCAUCAUCGGAUAUGUGGCAAUUGGGUAUAUUGGUUUAUUUUUGUCUUACGGCUUCAUAUCCAUUCCAUGGUACACAAAAGAAAAUUUUUCAAAAAAUUCUCAAUGGUAAUAUUGAAUACAAUUCAUCUGAAUGGGAACAUAUAUCAGCAAAUGGAAAAAGUUUUGUAAGUAAACUUCUUAAAGUAAAUGUUCCUGAACGUCUUACAGUCAAACAAGCUUUUUCUCAUCCAUGGAUUCGUGAAAAAGUUUAUCGUGCAGAAACAUUAAGUGAAGCUCAAGCAAAGAUUGCUACUGCUCAUCCAAUUAUUGUUCAAACUGAACCAAAUCCUGCCGAUACACAAACAGAAGAAGAUGAUUUAGAUAAAAAUGAAGAUUAA